GAACGAGCACGGUUGGGUGAUUUCAUCUGAUUUCAUUACACAUUUCGUCGAAUCCGAGAAGUCGAGAACCUGAAGUAAGAGGGCAUUCCCGUAACGAGCCGGGCGUCUGUGGCGGUGAUUGUCUCUUGAUUAAGUGCUUACGCUACUCACUUUGUUUGAAAACCCGUUCGAAGGUUUUCAAUGAGUGACAUCUGAGAUAAAGGUUUAAUUAAGACUUUGGCUGCCCUGUCCGGAGGAGGUGUAGUUCUGCCAGUACCGAAAUAGACGAUAUUCGGACGCAGCCUGAAAUGGAGCCUGUUUGUCACUCAUCUGGUGGUGUUUAGAGCAACCUUUUAUCGAACGUUAUGCCAAUAUUAACAUGUCGUUGUCGUGAUAGCCGCUCGCCAGUUAACCUCAGUUGUCCGUCGUUUGUGUCCUGAUUUGUGUACCGUGAGUGACUGUGACUCGAUUGCGAAAGUGUUCCUGACAGUGACGGUGUUGUUUGUCCAAUUUGCAUCCAUUCUGAUAAAUUAGUUCAAUCGCUGUUAAUUGGUGCCGGUCCUUGCCGUUGCUCCAAUUAUCGCUGACUUACUAGAUUUGCUUCGAUUAUCGCCGGUUUUUGAUUAGUGCAAAAUGUCCGGGCACGAAGACGACGAUCAAGAUAUUGAGCAGGAAAUCAAUGUUGAUGUUGAUUCCGAUUCCAGAGCAUCCUGCGACACUCGGUCCGAUAUUGAUUUGGACGGUGGAAGCUGCUAUGACGAAUCAGAAACUGCUUUAGGUGAAUCAAUUCAAUCGGAUCAAACGAGGUCAUCAAGCGAAAAUUUGCCCUUUAGCAUAUCACGGCUGCUAUCUAAACCAUUCGAGAAUAAUAAUAAAAGUCCAGAAAAGGAUUCAUUAGACAACGAGGUUCGGUUAGCUACAAGUCUAGGGACAAGUGCGUAUUCACAUACAGCUGCCCUCUAUACAUAUCCGCUUUAUACGCCCGGACAUGUCCUAAGGGUGCCUCCGCAACGUGCACCAUUGGCCUGGGCUUUACCACCGUUGCAUCACGCCGCUUUAGCACAUCAAGCCGUCAAAGAUCGUUUGGCAGCUGCUUUUCCAAUUGCCCGACGGAUCGGACAUCCAUACCAAAAUCGGACGCCUCCAAAACGGAAAAAACCUAGGACUUCGUUCACAAGGAUACAAGUAGCAGAAUUAGAGAAACGAUUUCAUAAGCAAAAGUACUUAGCAUCGGCUGAGAGGGCGGCCUUAGCGAGAGGUUUGAAAAUGACUGAUGCUCAAGUGAAAACGUGGUUCCAGAAUAGGCGGACAAAGUGGAGGCGACAAACGGCGGAAGAAAGAGAAGCCGAACGGCAAGCAGCCAAUCGACUAAUGCUUUCAUUGCAGGCUGAAGCCUUAAGCAAAGGAUUCGCACCACCCGCGGCAGCACCUAUCUCUACCGUAUCAUCACCGCCCACAAAUGGGGCACCUCUAGCAGCUCUCCAUGGCCUUCAACCUUGGGCUGAGCAACAUGCCGCCGGAUGCUAAUGAAUUCCGUUUGGAUUUCAGUUAAAUAAUGUUUUGUGAUAUUGGUAGUUUUAGCUCUCGAAAAAGCUCCUUUUGUAAAUACAGAAUCGCAGCAGAAUGUGACAAACAUUUAGUAUGCUAGGAUAUAAAACCCGCCGAAGUAAGGGCCGAAUUUUAAGAAUCAAUGAUUGUGGCGUACCCGAGAAAAUUUAUUACGUAUAGUAUUCUAUUGAAUAAUUUAGAUGUUACAAAUGUCGCUUACUUAGCUAUAGCAGUGUAAAUAUUAGAUGAUAAAUUAGUAGUUACUUUAUCAAAGAAAAGCAGCGUUUGGGAAACAAUACUUAACUUUAGUAGAAAUAACAAAGAAGGAAAAGGGAGUGGUGUUUUAUUGUGACCAACAGAGUAAUAAAAGUUUGUAGUUAAACUGAAUCCCAGCAAAAUCAGUUCGCACUAAAAUCACUUCAAUUUAAUGCAUAUGACUAAACUGGACAUUUUGCCGCUGUUGAUUUUAAUUUAUAAUGUUCGGUGAAAGUGCUGAUAUGAUGUCGGUUCUGUGUAUAAAAUUUCAUUUAAGGCAAUA